AUGGCGUCCAGAAACAGCGACUUGGCGCAUGCAACCAAGGCGGAUGACCGACAGGAUGUCCGAUCUACGGUCAAGUCGACACAGUCAGAGCCAAAAGGGUUGAUGGAAGCGGUUAAGCUCCGGCCUCGCCACGCUCGCAAUCCUUCGGACUCUAGCACCAGCGAACAGUCAUCCGGCUUCGACGAAGAGCGCCCAUCGCAAGACGACGAUGACAUCGACAAUACACCUGCAACCUCCUUUGGCGGCUUCCUCGCAUCCCGCAGCGACACCUCUGAAGGGCAUCGAUCCGAAUGCAGUCACGUCUCCAACGCCGUCCUUCUCAACAGCGGUCUCUCUGUUGCAUCCGACGAUCCGACCAGGAUGGACGAGUUGCAACAAGAGGUCAAAGCGCUCUUCGACAAGUUUCUGCCAGAUUUUCAGGCUAGUCAAGACGUUAGCGAGACACCUGAGCGUCAGAUCGAACCAACUCUACUUUGCCGAGAUCUGCCGGCCAUCCUGUCCGAGUUUGGGAGGCAGAGGGAUCGGCCCUUGAUCGACGCGAAUACGUUCAGUCAACUCGAGGCAUUCGUGAGCGAGAACCCGCAGGCGCCCAUAUCUUCCAACAUGCUCGUCAAUCUCAUCCACGCCUUGGAGUCGAGCGCACAUUCGGUCAUCUUGGACGAGGCCGGUCCCAACAUCCCGCCUGUGUUGGACCGGGCCAUAUCGUACAGCACUGGCAACGACUCGACGCCGAUCGCUGCGUCAGAGCAGCUGCUAGAUCUUAGUCAGGAUGACGACUACCUCGUCAGAGAUGCUGACGACAGUCGCGACAAAUCUGCCGAGCUGAGCGCCGAAGAUGCCGUCAUCCUGAAUCUCAAGGAGGAUCUACGAAUCGAGAGAGACAAGACCGAUGCGCUUCAGCUCACACUGUCGGACAAGGAGAGGCGCGUCAAUACUCUCGAACAUAGGCUCACGACCUCACAAGAGCAAUACGAAGAGCUCAUGCUCGAAGAGCAAGCCAAGCUCGAGGAAUUGCACAAACAGAUUCAGACCCUCCGUCGAGAGGACAAGGACCUACGCACCAAGCACAUGGAGCUCCAAGAGCAAAACAAUGCCUACGAGUCGCAGCUGACUGCACUCAACAGCCAAGUCGAAAGCGCUGAAAAGACCAACAUCAAGCUCCGCAGGGACCUCGAGGAAGAAUCGAGCCAAUUGAUCAAGGCCAAGGCGGAUCUGGAUCGUCGCAUGAAGGAAGCCAAAGAGCUCUCCGAGUAUCUCUUCGAAUGCGAGCAAGCUAAGGAUGCCGCCGAGCAGGCUCAACUUCAACUUCGCCAGGAGCUGGACAAGGUCACGGCCGAAGCUGCCAAAUUGCAGGGAUACAAGGAGGAGACCGAGGAGCUGCGCACCAGCGUCGAUAAACUCGAAAUGGAGCUCGACGAGAUGCGACGGCUCACCAGUCUCCACAGCAAGGAGGCGUCUUCUCAGCAGCACAGCAAUCCAGGCACCGUAACCAGGCGUCUCGGAAACGAGCUCGCGCGAAGCAUGGAGCUCGAUGGACACAGCUCGGGAGAAGAGACCUCGGUUGAGGACAAGGACGCCGAUGCGAGCAACGUCGAUGACUACAUCGAGACCGUCAUUCAACGACGUCGGAGGCGUGUCGGGAAAGCUCGCAAGUCGGUGCAGAUGGUGGCGCAGUCGACCCAGACCGAUGUUGUCGAAGAACCUGCCAUCGAGUCCAUGGUCGCGGAGUCAAGGGAAGGGAUGCGCACGAGUUCCAGCACAAAGAUCAUCUCUUUGUCUUUGCCCUCGAUGCUCAAGCAUGCCUCUGCCGCCCUAGUUGCUAGGAGUACCACGAUUCUGGUGGCGCUCUUUGCCAUCGGUCUAGCGAUCGGACUAGUGCUCAACACAUCGCGCGACAUCUACCACAUCAACCACCAGAUGCUCGAUGCAGACGAGUUCAGAAAGCUCAACUACGCUCCCGGCGCCAGUCAAAUUCACUACUACGAUGGCCGCUACCCAAAUGCCGCGGUCGGCAGCAACUUUCUGGACGACUACGUAGGGCCCGUCUUGGGCGCCGUGCUGUCGUUCGUCGGACAAGGAGGCCCGUCGGGAUCGUCAUCAGGCGGCAUCGUCUAUUAG